CCUCAUGAGAAAGCCUCCGUGGUGGCAGCUGGUGCAAGAAAUAGCUCACGUUCAUAGCGCCAGCAUAGGAGAGAUCGAUCGAUGAAGCUGUUCGCGUUCGUGAGGCGCGCUCGCCGAACAUCGUCAGCGGCGAUGACACCGGAGCCGGUUCCGGUGGCGCUGGAGAACGCGACGGCGCCUGUGUCCGUUGCGGAGAAGCGGCGGCGGAGGCCCUCGUCGGGAUCGUCGUCGUGGAAGCCGACGCUGGUCGCCAUCUCCGAGGACGCUGCGGUGGCCGCCGCCAAGGCCGACGCCGGAAAGGCCAAGGGCAAGGCGAAAGGGAAGCCGGCGGCGGCCAAGGCCAAGGCGAGGGCGUCGCCUCGCGCGCUCCGGCCUGACUACGACGACUUCCGGCGCUUCGGGGCGCCCACGGUGCUGCCGGCGUUCGCGCCCACGGCGUUCCUCUUCUGAGCGAGCUCAGGCGACCUCGCUGUGGUGGUGUGCCGUGAUGGGAGCGGCAAGUGGCAACGUGGUGGUCUGACCAUGAACCCUCUCUCUGUUUGUGUGCCCAAUAUGAGCUCCCAAAGCUGAUGCUUCUGUGAUUCCUUCUAGUGCUGGCUUCUCAUGUGAAUAUCUAUGUCUAUUGUUUCGGCUUCCAUCCAA